AUGUCUAAUACACCAACGAAUGAAGAUACUACUAUAAAAGUUGCUCUUCGAAUAAGGCCUUUAACUUCAGAAGAUUUAAUUAAUAUACCAAUACGAUUUCAGCGUAAUGUUCUAUCCACUGCAGCACAAGAAUGUAAUCAAAAAGAAGUAUAUGAACGUUGCGUAACGAAAAUGGUCGAUAAAUUUUUGGACGGUUUUAACGUAACGAUUCUAGCAUAUGGCCAAACUUCAUCGGGUAAAACUCAUACAAUGGGAACAUCUAAUGACUUUACUUCACCCACAGAAUCAAAGGGUAUAAUUCCACGAGCAAUGGAUACCCUUUUCUCUGCUGUAAAUUCGGCUCGAUAUAAAUCACAAAAAUUUUCAAUGAGAGUAUCUUUUGUGGAAUUAUAUAAUGAAGACCUUAUUGACUUACUUGCUGAAGCUAACGAUGAGGAUAAGCCACAAGUCUUAAUCAGAGAAAACUCCAACGGAAGUAUAUCAUUGAGUGGAUUACAAGAAAUUAAAGUUAAUAGUGUCGGUGAAGUUAUGGGCCAUUUAUCGCGCGGUUCAUUAAAUCGACAAGUUGGAGCAACGGAUAUGAAUUCAAAAUCAUCUCGAUCUCAUGCUAUAUUCACAGUUAUUCUUUCGCAACAGAAAUUUAUACCUUCUAACGAAUUAUGUGCAAGUCCGUUACCUCUUACACCAUCAACAAGUUCGACACCUACUUCAUUUCCUGAAACAAAAUCCGGUUCACAUUCAAGGUCAAAUUCAAGAUUGAGUAGGCGGUUUGAGGAUGGUACUUGGGUUUCUGUAACAAGCAAGUUUCACUUUGUGGAUUUAGCUGGUAGUGAAAGGCUUUUAAAAAAAAAUUUUAAAUCUAAUCUUUAA